AGAGGAAGAAGGCUUUGGUUUUAGAAGAUCUAAAGCAGCAUGCUAUGUCUCCCAGAAGUGCUACGGCAUAUUUAAUUUCAACCUUACUGGAGUUGCGGCGUUUUUUGAAGACUCAUUUGCUGCUGAAAGAGUAUCUGGAACAGUUCUCUAUCAGUAAUUUCCUCUGUACUCAAAGCUACGACCAAAGAUGAAAAAGUUUUCCUUGGAAGAUAAAGCCAACUCAGGACGAGUAAAUAGCUGGGUGGAUCCAUCCUUCUCUGAUACAUCUGCCAAGAGCGAGGACAAACAAAUUUGGGGCUUUCAAUCUGAAGAGAGGAGAUCUAGAAAAUGGAAAGAAGACCGAAAUGGUUCUCUUUGGAUGACGAAAUCAAAUGAAAGCGGUCCAGAUGAACCAUGGGUUGACAAGUAUUCACCUUGUUCACAGGGUGAACUUGCUGUCCACAAAAAGAAGACUGAGGAAGUUGAGAAAUGGAUGAGAACCCACACAAAAGCAACCAAGGGUGGUAUUUUGAUACUGACAGGACCAUCAGGCUCUGGAAAAACUGCGACAGUCCAAGUUCUGUCUACGAAGUUGGGUGUCAGAGUUCAGGAAUGGACUAACCCAGCAAGUGCAGAACCACACUUGGGCAGUUUGUCUGAAUGGAGAUCACAAGGCUUGUCUUGCAGCUCUCAGUUGGCACAAUUUCAGGAGUUCCUUCUGAGAGUUAACAAGUACAAAUGCCUGAAAAUGAAAGGUGAAAGAGGUGCUGCAGAGAAAAAGCUCAUCCUGGUGGAGGAUUUUCCAAACCAGUUCUACAGACAGCCUUGCAGCUUUCAUGACACCUUGAGAUUUAAAUUUAGAAUAUUUGAUUACUAUCAUACUAGAUUCGCAGUAACAUUAUAUUAUAUCAUUCACUUCAGUUUUAAUCCUGUUCCUGCAACAACAAUGAUGAAGGUUCUGAAAAACAUUGUAUACAUGGAGGCAGAAAAGCAGAAUCAUAAGAGUUUGUAUGUUCCUGACAAGGCAGAACUGGAAAUGCUUUGUUCAGGAUCUUCUGGAGAUAUCCGAAGUGCUAUUAAUAGCCUACAGUUUUGCUGUCUACUGGAAAAAGGAUUGUGUACAUUGAAGAAACCACCUACAAUAUCAUUGGAAAGAGCUGCUGCUCUAUCAAAAAAGAAGGGGAAACAAGCAAAGUCAGCUAAGGAGCACGAAGAGCAUCAGCCUAUUGGUGGGAAAGAUGUUUCUUUCUUCUUGUUUAGGGCACUGGGAAAGAUUCUGCACUGCAAACGUGGAAAUGGUGACUGUCCAAAUGAAAGUAAAGGUGCCUCUGGACUUGUUUUGCCAUUUCACCUUUUGCAACAUAAUAGAGAAGUAUUGCUCGUGCAGCCCGAAUUGGUGGUUGAGCGUUCAGAAACUUCUGGAGAAUUUUUCAGCUUAUGCCUCCAUCAGAAUUAUCUGGACUUCUUCUCUGACAUAGAAGAUGUGGACAGAGCUAGCGAGUACCUGUCUGAUGCAGAUCUUCUCGCAGGAAAUUGGAUGGAGUUAAAGCUCUGUCUCAUGGAAGACUGUGCCAGACGUUCCCAGCAGACCCUCAUAAUAUGUUUGGACCUGCCAGGUCUGACCGGCUUCCUCCCCCCACCACCAGAGCCAACUCACUACCAGAUUCGUCACACAAUAGGGGACUAUGGAUCUUCAGUGGCAACCAGAGGGUUGAUCCACUCAAACUCUUGUCAACUUCCUGUUGGCUUCAGACCGCUGCACAAACCCAGUUGGUGUCUAGUCAACAAAAAGCACCAGGACAACUGUGUGGCUGCGCAAUCUUUGUUCAGGAGCUUCUGUCUUACACCAGUCGGUCUACAGACUCAGUUGCUGCCUUUCCUGGCCAAACUUUGUAACCCUACAAGGAGUCAAGCACAGAUGGCUGUUAUUCAAGAUGUUGGUCAGAUGUCACUAAGGACAUGUUCUGGCAGAUUAAAACUGGAGAAUCUAAGAGACAAAGAGAUGGGCCAGGAGAUCGAGGAAGAAGAGGAAUUGCACUGCAGGAUUGAGAAAGAUCCGCAAGUCUGUCAGUCCCAUCUUAUUACAAACCGAGCGCUCUUGGAGGAAGAGGAAGUCAUCAUAGAAGAAUAUGACAGUGACUGAUUCAAAUCCCACUGGCACUCAUUUGUUGCAUUUUACUGUAAGAAUAUUUCUUUGUCUCUUUCAUUCCCACAUCUGAUUUGAACUUUGAUUCAGUCGUAACAUAAUUUUUUUUUUUUUCUGUUGUAGACUGACUCAGGUGGUCGAGAUUACUCUCCAGUGUUGGCCAAGCUUGAAUACUUCGAUAGCCAGAGUUGUACAGAUUCUGUGAUUGCAAAGCAAACUGAAAUUUUAACUACCACUGUGCUGUAAAAUUAGUGAGUUGUUGCUGCUGCACACACUGUGCAUUUUAGUCAGAUUUGGCUACUUUGCGUCCAAAUAACACUUUUAGGCCAUUGUGGAUGAGAUACAACUUUGCAAAAUUGCUCAGCUUCAUUCUGUUCAAGAAGAAAACAACCAAAAGGGCUUUUUCCUUAUGUUCUGUUAUGUGAAGGAUGAUGAUUGGAAAAGGUUGCAAUUUCUUUUUACUGUUGAUGUGAAAAAAAUUUACUGGUCCUUUCAGCCUUUAUAAACAUUUUAUUGUUUUUGUGACAGUAAAAUUAUUUUUAAAAAAUUGCAUAGUUUUAUAUAAACAAAACUGCAAUUGGUAAAUUUUCAUAAUGGGAAAUCUAAGAUUAAUUCUGGUGUAGAAAGAGAUUUUUAAGUUUCAAAAUGUCUUCAGAAAUGGUAUUGACAAGCAAAUAGCCUCUCAACUUUAUAGACGUUGUUUUGUAGUUCUGUUAUUUGCAGUACAGUAACAGGAUGGAAAGUAAUUAUUGUUCUAAAAUUUUUGUUCUCACAAUAUCUAAGUAACAUUCAUGGGUUAAAUUUAUAUUCUGUAUAAAAAGGUCUUGGUAUAUUUAUGUUUUCUGAUUUGGCUUGUAUUCAUCACUUGCACAGGAAUAAGACCAUUUCAGGUGUUUUGAAAUUAUUUUCCAUUGGCAUAAAUGAAGAUGUUUUGUUUGUA